AUGCUCAAGAUUGCAAUGAAAAGAAAGAGGGAUAAAAGCCGGUCAGACUUCCAUCGAUACCCACCCCGCUUGAGCGCCCAAAGGCAAGACCUCAAGAAAAUCAGGGUACAGAUCAUCGCCACUCUCUAUACAGUUGCAGCGCAAGGCCACAGCCGCCACCUUUGCAGGCAGAUCGAGAGUAAAAGGCUUCUCACUGUUGGGCACCGAGGAUAUCGUUCAUCAACCCGGGUGGGAUCUGUGGCUCCUUUAGGGAACACAAAAGAGGACGACUACUAUAGAAAUGAUUCUCUGAAGUAUUGUCGACAUGAGGAAAAAAAGAAAAAGAAGAUUGAAAUUUUGGCAGACAGGUCGAGAAUAUAUACUGGUGGUGGGGUGGCCAGUGCACGCCUGCAAAUUCUGUGA